CCACAUACGCCACGAAGUGGCCAAUAAGACAUGGAAUAAUUGAAGACUGGGAUCUUAUGGAAAGGUUCAUGGAACAAGUGAUUUUUAAGUAUCUUCGAGCUGAACCUGAGGAUCAUUACUUUUUAAUGCACAUCACAUAACUACCUGUUGGACAGGAUUUUAGAAGCAGGCGCCGUGCCCAGCUACUUCCUUCUGUCUGCUCCAGCUCUCUGGGCCAGGAGUUCUCCCCUUCACUCCACAUGGACGAGGCCACCAGGACGUCGCCACACAAGGAAGCUUUUCCUGAAAGAAAUUUUUUUCUGAUUUAGCUGGCAUAAAGGCCAGUAAGUGUUAAAUGUAUGAUGUAUGUCCAUAUUUAUUGACAUGGAAAAAUGUUCACAACAUACUGCUGAAUGACAAAAAGACAGAGCCUCCACUGAAUACGCCAGAAAACAGAGAAUAUCUUGCAGAAAUUAUGUUUGAAUCGUUUAAUGUUCCAGGACUCUACAUUGCGGUUCAGGCAGUGCUGGCCUUAGCUGCUUCUUGGACAUCUCGACAAGUUGGUGAACGUACGUUAACGGGGAUCGUCAUUGACAGCGGGGAUGGGGUCACUCACGCUAUCCCAGUGGCAGAAGGUUAUGUCAUUGGAAGCUGCAUCAAACACAUCCCGAUUGCAGGUAGAGAUAUUACAUAUUUCAUUCAGCAGCUGCUAAGGGAGAGGGAGGUGGGAAUCCCUCCUGAGCAAUCACUGGAGACCGCAAAAGCCAUUAAGGAGAAAUACUGUUAUAUUUGCCCUGAUAUAGUCAAGGAAUUUGCUAAGUACGAUGUGGAUCCCCGGAAGUGGAUCAAACAGUACACGGGUAUCAAUGCAAUCAACCAGAAGAAGUUCAUUAUAGAUGUUGGCUAUGAAAGAUUCCUGGGACCUGAAAUUUUCUUUCACCCAGAGUUUGCCAACCCAGAUUUUAUGGAAUCCAUCUCAGAUGUCGUUGAUGAAGUAAUACAGAACUGCCCCAUCGAUGUGCGCCGUCCGCUGUAUAAGACUCCCUUUGAAGAACGUUUACUCAGUCUUCCAUGUGGGAACGGAGCGAGAACACUGCUAGAAUGUCGUUCUUUCAGGAGGCUCGACGAUGUUCAGGGACUUUGGACGUCGACUGCAGAGAGAUCUGAAACGAGUGGUAGAUGCCAGACUGAGACUCAGCGAAGAGCUCAGCGGAGGCCGGAUCAAGCCGAAGCCUGUGGAGGUUCAGGUGAUAACACAUCACAUGCAGCGCUACGCCGUGUGGUUCGGCGGUUCCAUGCUUGCCUCAACGCCCGAGUUCUUCCAGGUGUGUCACACCAAGAAGGACUACGAGGAGUAUGGCCCCAGCAUCUGCCGCCACAACCCCGUCUUCGGAGUCAUGUCUUAGUGUCUGCCUCGACACGGUCACCCGGUCGCGUCGUGCUGGUGAGCAGGUGCCGUCGGGGCCCGGACAAGACCGCAGCUCCUGUACAUAGUGGCAUUUGGUGUUGAUGUCGAGAAGCGUGCUUGCGUCGCCGAGUGCAUGAGGCAGUUCAGUGCACGCCAUCCGUGUGCCCGCUGUCCGACGGCCCUUCCCUCCACGCCACCUCCUCCCCGCCCGCCAAAAAACCCCUCCCCUCCUCGCCUCCCCCCCUCCUCGCCUCCCCAGCUUCUAGUUGGCGAAUUGAAUUCUAGAGGAAUUCACCUGUGACUUUAAAAAUUGUUAGGAAAAAAACCCAGAAGAUGACACAAAAUAGUCUCCCCAGGAAAGAAUAUGGGGCUGCAAACCCUUUUCCUCCCGGCCUAUUUUUGUAAAUAAAAUGUUAUAAACUUGAAAUACAAAUUGAUGUUUAUAUUUCCUAUCAUUUUGUAUUUUCUGGUAUUUGGUACAACUGGCUGACCUAAGCACGAAUAGAUAUUGGUGUCCUGGAGUGCUGUAAAAAACGUUUUUAAUUGUGAGGCAUGUUCUGAUAUGUCUGUAGGCAAACAAAAUAAAACAGCAAACUUUUUUUGCCACAUGUUUGCUAGAAAAUGAUUACACUUAAUUGGAGUGACAUGAAGUUUCAACACUAAACACUGUUGUACGAGAAUCAUUACAGAUAAUGUAUCUUUUCAUUUUCCUGUUUGAACUUUCUGGAACUGUUUUAUAGAAGAUGCCGGUCUGCUGUUGGUGAGUGUUGGAUAAAAUGCUGCCUUGCACCCUUGUAAUAAAAGCAGUUAGACUCUU